CAUAUGACACUGACAACAAAUUGAACAAUGAAGUUGAGGAAACAAAUUAUCCCUUUUAUCUUUAUUUUUCACAGCUGUUUUUCGAAUUCUCUUCACGACAUAACUACAUCAGUUUUUGGAACAGAGGUCCAAGGAAAGUUAGCAGCCUUUGGUGACUUUAAUGCUGAUAAACAUACAGAUAUAUUCGUCUUGUCGGAUGAUGGUAAAACCCUCAAACUGUUCUCUGCUACCUCUGAUAGAACUUCCUCUGAGUUUAAAUUUGAGGAGAAAGUGUUGCUCAAAACUAAAUCAGAUGUCGUAAUAACAAAUGUUGUGCCAGCAGAUUUUAAUGGAGAUACACAAAUGGACUUAUUUUUAACGAUGCAGAAUGUACAGGCUUCAUCUCUUGCAGUGAAUGGUUGUGUGUACUGGGGAUCCCCCAGUAAAGGAAAUAUAGAUGAAAAUGAUAAGCUGUGCAUCAGUGGCGAACUCAAGGACCAACCUUUUAUACUGGAUGUUAAUGGAGACAUGAUUCCUGAUCUAGUUGGAGAAAAAUCCCAGGGUCCACGCUUUUACUGGAUCUUUCAUCAGAAUGUAAAGAAUUACACUGAAGAGGCUGUUCCUGGAAACCCCCCAGCAUUAUCCCACCCAACAGCAGGGGCAUUUGUUGACAUUGAUAAUAAUUUAGUGGCAGACCUCUGUGUGAUGUCAGAAUUGGGUGGUAAAAGACAGCUGGAAGUAUGGAUGAAUAAGAAUGGCCAUUUAGUUUGGAGUCAAAACAUGUCAAUGGAUAUUUUUGACAAAAAAAUCAUAGGACAACCAGUUUUUGCUGAUUUUGGGAAUCAAGACUCCCACAUAGAUACACUACUGCCUGUGUGUGAUGAUGAUAUGUGUUCCAAGAGCUCUAUAUAUUAUUUUGCUGAAACAUGGGAAAAGAUGCCAGUAACUUUCAAAGCUGGAAACCAGGAGUGGGGAUUUGUCCCUCCCAAUAAGGGUGUGGGUGGAGUCCCCAUUACGCUAAGGACAGGAGAUUUUAACUUGGACGGAUUUCAGGAUAUGCUGGCUGUUUUACAAACUCCAGACAACAAAGGAGGGAACAUCACAAAGGCUUAUAUCCUACAGAACGUGCCCUGUACUGGCUGUAAUGGCCUGGGUAGGACGUUUAACAUCAGAUGGGACUUGUCACUUCAACCUAACACUGAUCUAGCUGUGUACCCAGCAUUCUUUGACUACAAAGAAAAUGGUAUCUUGGAUGUUGUUUUGACAAGUUACAGCCAGGACAAAAAAUUUCAUACACAUUUAUUGGAGCAAGACUUUUCAGAAGAUGCUAAUUUCCUCAAAAUCAUGGUUGUGAGUGGGUUAUGUUUUAAUAAUUGUCCAAAUGACAGAGAGCCAUAUGGAGUAAAUCAGUAUGGACCUGUUGUUAAAUACACCACUCAGAAUGUGGAUGGAAAUACCAUCUCUGGAAUAGCUACACAGCUAUCUCAGUCAGCCUACACACCAUUACAGCUUCCAUUCACAAUAUUCGGACUGGGACAAACUCCAAACUUUGUUGACAAAAUAGAGGUUGGAAUACCUAACCCACCUGGAACAAGUAUACGACAAAGAUCAUGGGCGUCUAUAAUUCCAAACUCCCAGCUGAUUAUCAUUCCUUAUCCUAACAAUAAACCAAGCAGUUGGAAGAACAAGCUAUUCGUGACCCCCAGUCGUAUGGUCAUGUUGACCGGGGCUACUUUACUUGGGACGUGUGGUUUUAUUGCUGGACUUGUAGGAAUACUGCACUGGAGAGAAAAGGUUGAAGAUAAAAAGGAGAAAUUGCAAGAGGCACAUAAGUUUCAUUUUGAUGCAAUGUGAGGAAUGAAAGACAGGUAUUCUAACAUCAGAAGCUGCAUAAUAUAAUGUCAAUUACAGGUUACUAACCUGUCAAUCUCAGUCAUCCAAAGGGCAAUCUCUCAUCUGUGAUAUAAGUGCAAUCUUUUUGUUGAUCUCUGUUUAUGUUUUUUUUUUUUUGGUUCUGUAUGUGUGUGUGUGUGUUUUGUUUUUAUUUUUAAGAAAUAAGAAUUUUCUGUGGGUAAAACAGAUUUAUUGGAAUCAUGAUUCAUAAUGCCUUAAUAAUGUACACCCCCCCUUCAAUAAAGAAAAAGUUAGUCCUUGUUUAUGAAUAAAGAUGAGUUUUGUUGAAAAUACAUCUUGCAAUAAUAUUAUAAUUUUCUUGUGUAAAAAUUUUAUUGUAUGCAUCUUGUUAUGGCAUGAUAUUUUUGGCCUUUGAAAAGUUGUUCAAUUAAAAAAAGCAGAGAAAUUGACUUGUAGAAAUUAAUUACAUCAAACUUGCCACAUUUAGAAAUGAUCAUUAUCAUAAGCAUUAGAAUUCAUAUAGAGAUACAUGUAUAUGUAUUCCAUGGUGUUUCUGUAAAAAAUGUCCUUGAAAACAAAUCUUGCAUUUAAUGUGUCAAUGAAAUGUGGAACAUCAGUUUUGUGAUGUUAUUGAUAUCGUGUAUGAUGUCGCAUUGAAACUGUGUUUGAGAAAAUAGUGUAAAAAUUAGAAUAAAAAAGAGAGACUGAAUUAUCAAGUGGUACAAGAAUGCAGAGAGUGUAAAUGUUAGCAUCAGCUGUUUGUUUUAUGCAUUGCACUGUGUCAAAAUUUACAGGAAAAGAGCAUACAAUUUUUUCUGUAACAUCACCUACAUGCAUAAUAGCAUGUAUGCAUACUUAAUGUGAUAUUUAAGACAUAGUGCAUUGCAAAAAAAAUAUUACUCAUGCAUAUGUGAAACCUUAGUAUACUGUAAUAGUGGUUAUAUUGAAGGGAUGAAAGUUUGACGAUUUCGGUAUAUUAGAAAAAUGACGAGUCGAAACCUUGACAAUCUACUAGUAUUUAACAGUGCUCUUUAACAUGAUUGUGAAAAUUGACAAGUGGAAACUUUGACGAUUAUUAGAAAUUCGUCAAUUUUGUCAACGUUUCCACAUCGUCAAAGUUUCCACUUUUACAGUAUAUUGAAGGAAUACCGUAACAUUAUACCAUUUACCAUAAGGAUAUUAGUGAAAAAUUCCAUAUGAAACUGAAAUAGUGAAUAUGAAAAGCUUAUUUCUUUCACAAUAAUGUAUUCAAUUCAAUUUUACUGUUUGAAAUAUAAUUUUUGCUUAAUUACAAAAUAUGCAGUUGGAGUGCCAUUUUAUGCUAAAUGUAUUCACAAGACUGAUAGAGAAAUUAAAAAAAAAUUUGAAUUCUGCUGUUAUGAUUAAGUCCAUCAUUUUUUAUGACAAAAAUAAAGUACAUGUAUAUCAACAACAACAAAAAUCAUCUGAUAAACUGAGAAAAUUUAUGAUUAUUUGAAGUGACUUUUUAAAUAUAUUGCUGGUAGAGUAGCAUUGGGAUGUACAUGUAUAUGUAUAUAAGCUUGCUGUAGUUAUUAUAAAUAUACUUAAUGCAUUUAUGAAAUCCAGUAGAUAAACUCAAUUCAUGUUAGUUGUAUGUUUAUUCGGUAGAGCACACUCAUUGUGGGUUAUUCUGUAUCAAUGUGUACAUUGAUUUAUUAAUUAGUUCUAUGAAACUUAUUUGUGUAACUUGGUGCUGGAUCAUUCCAAAUAAAUUUUUUUCAAGAUUAUAAA